AUGUUCGCUCGUUUCUUCACUGUUGCUUUCCUUGCCGCCCUCGCUGUCGCCACUCCCCUCACUCUCCGUGAUGGCCAGUGCAACACCGGUGACAUCCAGUGCUGCCAGAGUUCUAGCACCACUUCCAACUACAACAAGUUUGCAAAGUCUCUUGGCCUUGCGGAAGUAGGUGCUGAGGUCGUCGGCACCCUUGGCCUUAGCUGCAGUCCUAUCAGUGUUAUCGGCACUGGCAGUGGCGCUACAUGCAACCAGCAACCCAUGUGCUGCAGCAACAACAAAAUGAACGGCCUUGUCAACAUUGGCUGCACUCCCAUCAACCUCAAACUUUAG